UUUAGUCUGAACAAUGCCAGGCCUUACUCUUGGGGAUACUGUUCCCAACCUUCAAGUCGAAACCACCCAUGGAAAUUUCAAGCUGCAUGACUACUUCGGCAAUAACUGGACCAUCCUCUUCUCUCAUCCAGCCGAUUUCACGCCGGUGUGCACCACGGAGCUGGGCAAGAUAGCUGCUUAUGGUCCGGAGCUUGAAAGCAAAGGAGUGAAGCUUUUGGGUUUGUCUUGUGAUCCUGUCCAGUCGCAUAGCGAGUGGUUCAAAGAUGUUGAAGCCUAUACUCCUGGGUGCAGAGUCACAUAUCCGGUGAUUGCGGACCCCAAGAGGGAAAUCCUCGCCCAACUCAACAUGGUUGAGCCAGAUCUCAAAGACCCAUCAGGAAGCCUAGUUCCAUCUCGAGCCCUCCACAUCGUUGGCCCAGAUAAGAAGAUAAAGCUGAGUUUUCUUUACCCGGUGAGUGUUGGGCGCAACAUGGACGAGGUGGUGAGGGCGGUGGACGCACUUCAGAUAGCAAGCAAGCACAAAGUGGCGACUCCGGUUAACUGGAAACGGGGGGAUCCGGUUCUUAUCCCUCCCAGCGUCUCCAACGAGGAAGCCCAGCAGAGGUACCCUCAGGGCUACCGCACUGUUGACUUGCCCUCCAAACAGCCCUACAUGCGUUUUACCAACCUUCCUGCUGCCUGAUGUUGCUUAGUUUAGUACUCUACUGUACUAAAUG